AACUGCAAGGGGUUAACUAGUCGUUUCCUGGUUGGAGGCAAAGGGCGUGUUACUGUCUAGACUCUAGAGGAAGCUGUCAAGCUUGUGUUUUAAAGCAAAAAUCGGUUCAGUCACCUACAGCACCUCAGUGGGGUGAAUGAGAAGCGGAUACGGGACAAUAACGUCACUGCUCUCUGUUGCUCCUUUAAUAUUGCGUAACGCGCGAUGCUGAUAUGCGAACGACCAGCUGAUACUUCACAGCUCACGGCGGCCUGAUGGAGGGGACGAUUGCGGAUCUAAAAACAUCUUAGCAUCGCAGAUUGGACACGGAAGGGAUCAAACUAUAUCCAGACGACAUAUCACCAGCGGUUUGCUGUGCAUUGCAGAACCGGUUUAUUGGCGUAUAAAGGAGUAAACAGAGAGGAUGGCAGGCCCAGAUCCCCCGCAGCAGCAGGUUGAGGAGAACGCCGAGCAGAUAGAUGACGCCGAGCUGGCGUUUCAAGGCAUCAAUAUGCUGCUCAAUAAUGGCUUCAAAGAAAGCGACGAACUCUUCAGGAGAUACAGGACCCACAGUCCUCUGAUGAGCUUCGGUGCCAGUUUUGUCAGCUUCUUGAACGCCAUGAUGACAUUCGAGGAGGAAAAAAUGCAGAUGGCCAGCGAUGACCUGAGGACUACUGAAAAGCUUUGCGAGAGUGACAACGCCGGCGUCAUCGAGACCAUCCGCAACAAAAUCAAGAAGAGCAUGGACUCUCAGAGAUCAGGAGUGGCGAUUGUGGAUCGUCUUCAGAGACAGAUCAUCGUGGCUGACUGCCAGGUUUAUCUCGCCGUGCUGUCCUUCGUCAAACAGGAACUCUCAGCAUACAUCAAAGGAGGCUGGAUCCUCCGUAAGGCCUGGAAAAUGUACAACAAAUGCUACAGUGACAUCAGCCAACUGCAGGAAGCCUGCCGGAGACGAUCCUCCGACCAGGAGGGGGCGCUGCCCUCUGAUCAUGCCAACCACAACACCUCAACUGAGAGUGGCGGCCGGGUAACAGAAGAGGUUCUGGAUCGCCUGAAGGGUUCGGUCAGCUUCGGCUAUGGGCUCUUUCACUUGUGUAUUUCGAUGGUGCCUCCACACCUGCUCAAAAUCGUCAACCUGCUGGGCUUCCCUGGAGACCGUCACCAAGGUCUUGCCUCCUUAGCUUACGCCAGCGAGAGCAAAGAUAUGAAAGCACCUCUUGCCACUUUGGCCCUCUUGUGGUACCACACUGUGGUGCAGCCCUUCUUUGCGCUGGACGGCGCUGACUCGCGAGCCGGGCUCCUGGAGGCUAAAGCCAUUCUGCAGAAGAAGGCAAUGGUCUACCCAAACUCCUCUCUCUUUAUCUUCUUUAAAGGACGGGUGCAGAGAUUAGAGUGCCAAAUCAACAGUGCGCUGGCAUCAUUUCAGGAUGCUCUGGAGUUCGCCUCAGACCAAAGAGAGAUUCAACAUGUGUGCCUCUAUGAAAUUGGCUGGUGCAGCAUGAUAGAGAUGAACUUUGAAGAUGCCUUCAGGUCUUUUGAGCGACUGAAGAAUGAAUCCCGAUGGUCGCAGUGUUACUAUGCUUACCUCACUGGAGUAUGUCAGGGGGCUUCUGGUGAUCUAGAGGGAGCCAAAGCUGUUUUUCGAGAUGUCCAGAAGCUUUUUAAACGCAAGAACAAUCAGAUUGAGCAGUUUGCACUGAAAAGAGCAGAGAGACUGAGGAAAGUCCCCCUUACACGAGAGCUGUGCAUUCUGGGUGUUGUGGAGGUGCUAUACUUAUGGAAAGCUCUUCCAAACUGCUCUUCCUCCAAACUCCAGCUUAUGAACCAAGUGCUACAGGGGCUGGAUGACCAGUCAAGUCUGGGCCUCAAACACCUGCUUCUUGGUGCUAUUCAGAAAUGUCUUGGAAAUAUUAAAGAUGCUGUUCAGUCAUUCCAGCUGGCAGCACAGGAUGAAUACGGCCGUCUGAAUAACAGCUACGUGCAGCCAUAUUCCUGCUAUGAGCUGGGCUGCGUGUUACUGGCUAAACCUGAGACUCUGAGUAAAGGAAGAUCAUUACUGCUUCAGGCCAAGGAGAACUACACCGGGUACGACUUCGAGAACAGACUGCAUGUCCGUAUCCAUUCGGCCCUCGCCUCCAUAAAGGAAGUGGUCCCUCACUGACCCCGUCCGACCUCCAAGUGCACCGUACUUCGACCGCUCCUGUCCAGCACUUUUCGAAAUGAAAGCCAUUUGAAGUAAUCAUGCUUUUCUGGAGGGAGAAACUGAAAGUCAGCGGACUUUAGCUGACAGAGGCCAAUAUUUUUCCGCCUAGUAUUGAAUCACUGUUCAUGUAGCUGUUGAUCCCAACGUUAUCGAAUUUUCACGUUCACAUUUACACCCACAUCAUAGUGCAGAUACACAGAUUUUGUGUGUUCAGGAUUGAUCGGAAGUGCAGAAAAACAUAACUCUCACAAAGAAACACGAUAAAUAGAGUAGACCAACUGGUCUACUGGUUAGAUCCUUUCCCAUAGCUUGCGCUAUCAUACAAAUUACAUUAGCAUGGGAUAGAACAUAGAUAACAUUAACACAUAAAAAUGAAAAAUGUAUUGUGUAACGCUUUAACCCUUUAAUAAAUAAGAGUAUCCAACCUUACCUGUAUGUUAAAUCAAGAUUGUAUGCACCAUUGUGAAGUUGAGUGAUCGACCGAUAUGAGACUGAAAUGGCCAGUGCUCUGAUUUUACGUAAAUGUUGAAUUAUUUUAAUUUAUUAUUUUUUAGCCCAAUUUGAUUAAAAUCUAAAAACUGAUUUUACAUUAUUGUACUACUGGUUUGGACUGGUUUUCUACUAGUUUGGAAUAAUUAAGAUUUUAGUUUUAAUGCAUUUGAAAGAAGAUUUAUUACGUUUUGAAAUAAUUCUUUUCCAUUUGAAUACAUUUAAAAAUGUAAUUUAUUCCUGUGAUGCAAAGCUGAAUUUUCAGCAUCAUUACUCCAGUCUUCAGUGUCACAUGAUCCAUCAGAAAUCAUUCUAAUAUGAUGAUUUGGUUCUCAAUUAUCAAUUAUAAUUGGUACUCAAAUAUUAAUAAUGGUAUCAAUGUUGAAAAAGGUUUCCACAAAAAUAUUAAGCGUUUUUUUUUUUUUUUUUUUUUUUUUUUUUUUUUCCAACAUUGAUAAUGACAAGAAAUGUUUGCAGCAUAUCAUCAUAUUAGAAUGAUUUCUGAAGGAUCAUGUGACAUUGAAGACUGAAGUAAUGAUGCUGAAAAUUCAGCUUUGAUCAUGGGAAUAAAUAACAUUUCAAAAUAUAUUAAAACAGAAAAUAGUUAUUAUAAAUUGUAAUAUUUCACAAUAUUGCUGUUUUACUGUAUUUUUAUAAGAUAAAAUGCAGCCUUGGUAAAAGAGACUUUUACAUUAAAACAUUAAAAAAUAUAAAUUUAUUUGAAACAUUUGACCGGUGGUUGUGUGAGUGUGCGUGUUAAAUAAAUAAUAAAUAAAUAAAUACAAUAAAUCCCCCUGCCCCCAAGCAGGCCAGAAUGGUCUAAUAUUUUUUGGUUGAAUCAGUCUGGCUGAUAUAUCGGUUUGUCACUGAUCUAGUUGAAGACACUUUUACAGGUUAAAAUGCAUUGCAUUCAAAGUAGCCUGUUUUCAUUGUAUUUAUAGCAAGGUUUUUAACACUAGGGUUGAUGAUUACAAAGGGGUCAAAAGGUCUAAAGUAUGUCAGGGGUCCUCUGGUGAUGCUAGAACAUAAAUUUGACUAAUUUCAUCUCAUCUGUUCCUCUGUGUAUUAAGUUUGAGAACAGCAGCAUCUUUGCCAUAACUUAUGUUCUCUUGUCCAGACAUUUUCUGAAGUGCACCCAUGCACAAAUACCAGAGGAGGUCAAUUGAUUUUGGACCUUGUUUUUGACAAGCCGUAUGUUGUAUUUGUUUGUUUUUUUGUGCCAGAUGUUCUGUAAUAAUAUUCUUGGCCCAAGCUUCUUAUUUGUAGACUUUUAACAGCACAUCAGUAUCUCCUUUUGAUGAUGUCACCUCUAAAUAACUUGAAAUUAUUUUGAGUCGGUGUAUAUAUUGUGAAAUUGUUGUGAAAUUUGCACCUUCUUAUUUUCUUGGCCCCGUAGAUGUAAUAUGUCUGUCCCACCAGUGGGCUUUAUUCACUACUGUACAUGAUUCUCUAUAAAAAAAAAAAGCCACUCUGGUCUCCCUCUCGGUAACUCGAUCUGAAGCUCAAAACAUGUCUUCACUGUGAAAUGUGUCAAUAUUGGAUGUUCAGGGUAUUUAUACCUUGUGAGGACAAUAGAUUUAGGAAAUUUCAGUAAUAAAAUAACAAAACUUGCCAUCAAA